GCUCGGCGGCGGCGGCGGGCGGUGCCGGGCGGUGCCGGGCCGAGCUCCGGCGGGCGGGGACGCGGGAUGGAGGUGAUCAGGAGCAAUUUUAAGGAUAAUCUAAACAAAGUGUAUGAAGCCAUUGAAGAGUCCGACUUCCUGGCCAUCGAUGGAGAGUUUUCAGGGAUCAGCGAUGGGCCUUCAGUUAGUGCAUUAACAAAUGGCUUUGACACUCCAGAAGAAAGGUAUCAGAAACUUAAAAAGCAUUCCAUGGAUUUUUUGCUCUUUCAGUUUGGCCUUUGCACUUUUAAAUAUGACGACACAGAAGAAAAGUAUAUAAUGAAGUCAUUUAAUUUCUAUAUUUUUCCAAAACCGUUUAACAGAAAUUCACCAGAUGUCAAGUUUGUCUGUCAGAGUUCAAGUAUAGAUUUUUUAGCAAACCAAGGAUUUGAUUUUAAUAAAGUUUUUCGCAAUGGAAUUCCGUAUUUAAAUCAGGAAGAAGAGAGACAGCUAAGGGAACAAUAUGAUGAAAAACGUUCUCAAGCCAAUGGUGCAGGAUCUCUGUCAUACAUUUCUCCUAAUUCCACAAAGUGCCCUGUAACAAUUCCUGAAGAUCAGAAAAAAUUUGUAGAGAAAGUAGUGGAACAGAUAGAAGACUUAUUAAAGAAUGAAGAAAGUGAAAGUUUGGAACUGGAGCCAUGUACAGGGUUUCAAAGGAAAUUAAUUUAUCAGACCUUGAGCUGGAAGUAUCCAAAAGGUAUCCACGUGGAAACUCUGGAGUCAGAUAAGAAGGAGAGAUAUAUUGUUAUUACUAAGGUAGAUGAAGAGGAACGAAAAAGAAGAGAGCAGCAAAAACAAGCAAAAGAACAGGAAGAAUUGAAUGAUGCUGUAGGAUUUUCCAGAGUUGUUCAUGCCAUUGCUAAUUCUGGCAAACUUGUUAUUGGGCACAACAUGCUGCUGGAUGUUAUGCAUACCAUACAUCAGUUCUAUUGCCCCCUGCCUGAUGACCUAAGUGAGUUCAAGGAAGUAACGUCAUGUGUCUUUCCCCGGUUACUGGAUACUAAACUGAUGGCAAGUACACAACCUUUUAAGGAGCUCAUUAAUAAUACAUCACUUGCAGAACUGGAAAAACGUUUAAAAGAGGUUCCAUUCAGCCCUCCUAAAGUUGAAAGUGCAGAAGGAUUUCCAAGGUACGAUACAGCAUCUGAACAACUCCAUGAAGCAGGAUAUGAUGCUUACAUUACUGGACUGUGCUUCAUUUCCAUGGCUAAUUUCCUAGGUUCUUUCCUCAGUCCUCCGAAAAACCAUGUGUCUGCUAGAUCAAAACUCAUUGAACCAUUUUUUAACAAGCUAUUUCUUAUGAGAGUAAUGGACAUACCAUAUCUCAAUUUGGAAGGACCAGACUUGCAGCCCAAACGAGAUCAUGUUCUUCAUGUUACUUUUCCCAAAGAGUGGAAGACUAGUGACCUAUACCAGCUUUUCAGUGCCUUUGGUAACAUUCAGGUUUCAUGGAUUGAUGAUACAUCAGCAUUUGUCUCACUGAGCCAGCCAGAGCAAGUACAAAUAGCUGUAAACACCAGCCGGUAUGCUGAAAGUUAUAGGAUCCAGACAUAUGCAGAAUAUGUGGAGAAAAAACAUGAAGAAAAACAGGCCAAGAGAAAAUGUACAGAAGAUAGUUGGAAGGAGAUGGAGAGGAAGAGGUUAAAAACCCAGUGCACGCCUUACGGUUCCCAGAGUCGAUACUACUGUGUCAACAGUUUCACAGGUACCAGUACAGUGGGAAAGAGAAGCAUGAGUCCUAUUGAGGAAGAAACUGUUUCUGAUGAUAUGGAAGAGGGAGAAGGCCAAGAUCCAGAAAGUGAUCAGACAGACUCCUGUGCAGAGUCCCUUCCAGAUGGCAAGAAGAGAGCCAAAAAGUUGAAAAAGAUCAAGACAGAACAAGUUCCAGCAGGAAGCCUCACAACUAGUUCCACUGGAAUUUUUGAGGUCCCUGAAACAUGGUAGGAAACAACUGCCUUAAAAAGUGGAAUUGAUUGAAAGAAGUUGAGAGAAAACACCUCUUGGAAGCCAUACUUUAUUUAAAUAAAGUGGUGUUAACAAAGCA